AUGCUACAGUAUACCACUAUGAGAACAUCUCACACAGCAUUUCUUGUCCUCAUCAUCCUCCCGUACCUUGGCACCGGCGGUGCCCAGAGCAAGUUCACCUCCAUCAUCAGCUUCGGUGACUCCUACACGGACACAGGUAACCUUGUCAGGUGGGCUGACCCUGUCCUUCCACCACAUCCUAUCAACAAUCUCCCCAAUGGUGAGACCUUCUUCGGCCACCCCACUGGACGGGCCAGCAACGGCCGUAUUGUGCUGGACUUCAUCGCGGAUGCUUUGGGUCUGCCAUUUGUGCCGCCGUAUCUGGCCGACACGAAGGCCAACUUCUCUGGUGGAGUAGACUUCGCCGUGGUGGGAGCUCCGGCUCUGAACCUGACAUACCUGCAGGGGCAGAACAUGACGGUGAAUCCCCCGAUCAACAGCUCCCUCGAUGACCAGCUCGUGUGGUUCGAGAAACUGAAGCCUUCGCUCUGCAAGGGACAAGGUGCUAAUUGUUUUGGGAGCACUCUUUUUGUAAUGGGAGCGCUUGGAACAAAUGACCACUUCAGCUUCCUAAGCUCGAAUGGGACCGUUGAACAAGCUAGGGCUUAUGUUCCUACAAUUGUGGACAGCAUUUCCAGGGGUGUGGAGAGACUGAUCCAGCACGGUGCCAAGUACAUCGUUGUAGCGGACAUGGUCCCAUUCGGCUGCUUGCCAAUAGUGCUCACUCUGUUCGCGAGCAGAGAUAAGGCAGACUACGACCGAUACGGAUGCCUCAAGCUGGCUAAGGUGCCGCAAUACCAAAACUCCCUCCUCCGCCAACGGAUCAUGGUGCUCCAGAACAAAUACCCGCAUACAACGAUCAUCUCCGCCGAGUACUACCGUCCCAUCAUUUCAUUUCUACAUCAGCCGGGACAUUUUGGAUUCAACAGCAGCACGACCCUCCUCACCUGCUGUGGAGCAGGAGGCCCUCCAUACAACUUUGACUCCAGCACAUUCUGCGGCCUGCCAGAUGUAACAGCGUGCGCACGUCCAUCGGAGGCGCUUCAGUGGGACGGUGUCCACCUCACGGAGGCCGCCUACAGGCUUAUCGCCGACGGGUGGCUCCACGGACCAUACGCAGAUCCUCCUCUACUGCAUGUCGCACGCUAGUUUCAACAGGAUGUAGACUUGAACUGGGUGCAGGGACACCUGUAAAAUUGUGUCCCUAUAUGUUCUGUCUUGAUGCAGCCGUGCGUUUACUGUAAUUUGGAUAGAUGCAAGAAUGUUCCUCCUCCUUUUGGAACAAUAUAUCUCUAGCUUCACUUAUACCAACCGUUUAUCUCUCA